UUUCAUACAUAUCAAUACAAGAUGUGAAUAUUUCAACUUUCCCUUAGCUCCAAUUCAUGGCUUCCCUCUACCUCCUCCUUCUCGGUAUCCUCUUGCUGCCUUUCUUGCUACUCUUGGUUCUUGCCUUCUUGGCAUGGCCAGCCCCAGUGAAACUACAGUUGAAGGGGCGCCAUGUGCUGAUCUCCGGCGGUUCAUCCGGCAUCGGCCUAGCCAUGGCACGCCAGGCCGCAUCCGAAGGCGCGCACGUCUCCAUCCUUGCCCGCAACCCAGCCAAGCUCGAAGCCGCCCGCGAAGCCAUCCGCCAGGCCACUGGCUCUGAUGUCUCAAUCCUCAGCGUGGACGUUCAGGAUUUUGAUUCAGUCUCCAAAGCUAUUCAAGACGCAAGCCCAAUUGAUGUCUUAGUAGCCAAUCAUGGUGUCUACUUUUCCCAAGAGCUGGAGCUUCAAGACUUGCAGGAAAUUAAACUUCAAGUUGAAAUCAAUCUCAUGGGUACCUUCCAUCUUAUCAAGGCUGCAUUGCCAGGAAUGAAGCAGAAUGCUAAGAACACCAACUUUCCUGCUUCCAUUGCUAUCAUGUCAUCCCAAUCUGGUCAGGUGGGUAUAUAUGGAUAUGGGGCUUACUCAGCCACCAAAUAUGCUCUUCGUGGCUUAGCGGAAGCUUUGCGGCAUGAGGUCGUCUUAGACAAUAUAUAUGUCUCUCUUAUAUUUCCUCCUGGUACUGAAACUCCGGGUUUCGCUGAAGAGAAAAAGAGAAGAUCUGAGCUUAUCAAUAUGAUAGCUGCAUCUUCAGGUUGUAUGAAGGCUGAUGAAGUUGCUGAGAAGGCUUUCAAUGGGAUCAAAUGUGGCACAUUUAUCAUCCCUUGCAAUUUUGAGGGUGUCAUGUUAGCCAUUGCAACUGCUGGACUUUAUCCUCAGAAUUCUUGCCUUGGCGCAUUUGUUGAAGUGAUUGGUGCUGGUUUUAUGCGCUUUGUGGGUUUAUGCUUCCAGUGGAAAUGGUUUGGGAUCAUUGAAAAGUAUCAUGCCAAAAGGAAUGGGAGCUAGGUUUUUAGCACUUGGUGUUAAUAUAAACAGCAGUGUUGUAAACUGUAAGGAGUUCUAUGUGUACUUGAAAAUAAAGAGAGGAUAAAUAUUACAGCUUGUGCGACGUGGUUCAUCCUGUGUGGCUUCAUUCUGAUUGAUUGCAAUGAAUCUACUGUUGGUAUUUGAUCAGAGAAUUGGCGGGAAUUAAGUGCUGGUCUCUGUUGAAAAGUCUGAAGAACAGUAGAAGCAACUUUGAUCUAUUAUAUGUUUGUGUUGUUUGUAUGCUAUUUGGAUUGGCUCACUUUGAAUCAUUACUGUUUAAUGUUUGUUGUAUUAUCGUGUAUCUUAUGAGAUGCUUGACUGGCACUCAUAUUAUGAAUCUUUAUAUUCAGUUAGUUUGAAGGUAUUCAGUGAGUGAGCUUUGCUUA